AUGAAAGUAACCUUCAUAAGCAAGGUAUGUAAUUUCAAACAAUUUUCAAAAAGAAAAUUUAGUUACUUAUGCAAUGAUUUAGUUACAGCAACCGAUAGUACUAUGGUCCUUACCAAAUGCUUUACUAACGAAAGUAGUUGUAACGCUACCAACUUUGAUCAACUUCAAACUUGCUCAACUUCCAAGUCAGACGAUAUUAAGCAAUUUCUAUAUAGUAUUCUUGAUACACUAAAUAACGUUCCAAACACCCAAGAAGCUGUUGCAAAAUUGUACACUACGUUGCCUGAAGGCUUUAAAAACAACCUUCAAAAUGUAGCAAAUCCGACUGAUCUUUCUACCAUGUUACAAAAACUAACUCAAGAAACUGUUGCAAAAGGUACUUCUGAUGAUAUUAACGGUGAUAAUAAGGCUGAAGAAGAAAAGAGAAAGCUGAAAGAAGAAGAAUCAGACAAAUCUGUAGACGACUUUGAACUAGAAUAA